AAAAUGGAGUUAGAGUUGAGUUGAAAUUGAACUUCGGUGGAGAUGCCCAGCCCUGGUAUUGCUCUAUUUGUCAAUAUUAUUUGCUGAAGAUACCAGAUUUCAAAUCUGUUUCAUGACCGAGAUUUAGGUACUUAACUUUCACGUGGUAUCACGCACUUUUAUUUAUCCUAUUAUAAAGAUUGCUCACAUUCUGGACAAAAUGGUUCAGCUAAUGCUUUUUUGAAUAAUACAAAAGAUAAUUAUACAAUUACUGCCUGUGUAUUUCCAUUAAAUCCAUUAAUUGUUGGCAUUACUAGUUCACCGUUUGUAUUAUUACCACCAUCUCAACCAUUAUUUGCCUAUUUACCAUUACAAAAAAUGAUAGAUUUAUUACCAAAAGCUUAUGAAGAUUUUAUAAAAUUACCUUCACGUUUAAAAGAUGCGAAUCUGAAAAUAAGAAGAAUACCGAAUGAAAUAGAAGUAUUAAAAUAUUUUCUAAAACUGAUACCAAUCAAAAAUGAAAUCGACCCAUAUUUUAAUACUUUUAUUAAACAUACAACGGAAAUAUUAAUGGGUCAAGUUAAACUUCCGGUGAUAAAUGUUGUAAAAAGGACUAGUGAAAGUGAAAGUAAGUGA